AUGCACCCGUCGCUGGCGCCUCAUUUGCACAGCCAGAAGUGCCAGGAGAUCAUUCGUGAGUUGGAAAAGUGCCACAAGGACCAUCCUCUCCGAAAGUUCCUCGGGUCGUGCAACCAGCUCAAGCGCUCGCUGAACGAGUGUCUCAAGGGAGAGGUAGCUGAGCGAAGGAAAGAGAACUAUGCAGUAGCGCAGGAGAGAAAGAGAAAGUAUCAAGAGCUGUCGAAAGAAGAGUAG